AUGACAAGCUCAAUAAAAGAAUGCAGUAUCUGCUCUCCUGAUUCAACAAUAUCGUCUCUUUUAACAAGCUGUAGCAUUGACAGCAAUAACCCAUGCUCGGACAGUUUGAUUCACUACAAGGACAAGUUUUACAGCUCUGCAUCUGAGGCUCUGGAAGCUUAUAUUGACGACUUUGAGCUAAGUCUCACAUCUUCAGAAAUAAGCACUGGAAAAAUCUGCAUAUGUCAAAGCACGCCCAAAAAAGUUGAGUUUUCAAAGCAUAAUGCCAAAGAAAAACAAGCAUUGGAUGAUUUUAAUCAGCACAUAGGAUUGGGUUCUCUUGCUUCACCCUGUAGAAGGCAGACUGAGUGUGACCCAGACUCGAUUAGUCUUGCGACGGAUGAUCUGUUAGCAUUUCCAGCAGAUGGGUCGCUGCCCUUUGUCCAGCGUAGUCUUGUCAAAUCAAGGCAUCAAAGUAGCGAGAGGAACAGGCGGUCGCUUAAAACCUCUUUCUGCCCUUGCCAAACCUCAUCACCCAAUACUGAAGGUGGUUUCAGUCUCCAGAAGAAUGGGAAAGCUGUCGCUCACCAGAAUCCACACAGAGACUUCAGCAGAAAGCAAUGCAGCGUGUAUACAUCUGAUAGGUACGGUUCUGUCUCCUCUAAAGGAAGUUCGAGAGCCUUGUGUUUUGAAGAGCCCUCUAACACUUUUCCUGUUAAGAAUUAUCCACGGUGGCUUACCAGUCAGAAGUCUGACUUAAGCGUAUCAGGAAUAAGUAGCAUUCCUAAUUCUCGCUACCCAGUCUGGCUUAAGAGUUACAACCUUUUUCCUGAUUCAGCUAAAGAAAGUGAUGGUCAGAAUUUUAAUGUACAAGGCACAGCUUCCUCUUCACAAACUUUUGAGAUCCUGAAAAAAAGACACUCUGUAGAUAAAGACAGUUCUCAUUUUUUUGAACAAAACGGUUGCCUGGAUCUGAGAGGUGAUAACAAAGUAGAAGAAAGUUACAGCUAUGACAAUCCAGAUGCGUGCUUCCAAUUCGAUAACUUCUUUUCAGGACACACCAAAAAGCCAUUCACAGAAGACCAGCUUGAGCUGCUUACCUUGAAGGCUGGCAAAGGUCCGGAGAGUUCAACUGAAGAUUUGUCAAAUAAUCUGGAAAACGAUGGCAGUCCUUCUACAACAGAUAUACUAGGAGCAGAAAGAUCAUGGGAAAACGCUCCAGGUGCUUUCAAACCACCAGUGCCUGUGUGCUGUGAGGACGUGGAGAAUGCUCUACCAUUCCCCAAGGCAGAUAUCAUACAUAAGUUCUUGGAAGACUGUUUAAAUGACAAAAAUCAGGAAAAUAAUUUUGCUGGAGGUCAUCAUCACAGGCCCUUUGAAGCUUUGAAGCUAAUGUUGUUUAAACUUCAAGCAAUUCAGGGAAAUUUAUGCCAGAAUGAAACUGCUGAGCAAAAGGAAGAGUUUGAAAAACUUUCUGAAAAAGCAGAGGCUGAAUUAAAACUGUGUGACAGUGAGAUAAUCCCUCUUACUAAUUCUAUUCGGAAGGCUUUACACCAUUUGUCACGUCUUAAAAGUCUUGUUGAAGAGAACAGUAACCAACAAGAGCAGACCGAUGAUCAUGAAGAUGAACAAGAAAAAAUGAUCUUAUCUCUUAGAUUUAGUACUCUUAGAGAAAGAAAGGGCAGCUGGUCCCUAAUGAAAGUCUUUCUAGUUUGCCUGUUGGCCUGUGUUAUCACCACCGCAAUAGGAGUGCUCGCCCUCUCCUUGGUCUAUGUAAAGAACAGCGCCUUUAUGAAAGAGACGGCUGUUAAAGAUGAUGGUGCAUCUUCCCCAAAACCAGAUGAAAAAAGCGUGGAUAUCAAAUUCCAGUUCCUGAAUCAUCUGGGGAAAUCAAAGGUACAUAACUACCCAGGUGGUGAAAUUCAGUGGGCAAGAUUCAGGAAGGAUGUAAACGAAUAUCAAAGUGAUGAAGAAAUGGAAUUUGGAAAAAGUAUCAAUACCCAUCGCUCCAAAAUGACUUUUGGAACCUUACGGAUCAAGAGCAAAGGGCUUCGGGCUCCCCACUGGCAUUUUAAUGCCAAUGAACACGGCUACCUGCUACAGGGUACUGCCUGGAUUGGAGUAAUUGGUGCAGAUGACAGCGUGGUUACCACAUACAACGUCACGGCUGGUCAAGUGAUCUUCUUCCCUAGAAACACUGUGCAUUGGAUAAAGAACGUAGGAUCAGAAGACUGUGUGUUCUUGCUGUUUUUUACAACACAUGAAGAACUUCAGACCUUGGAUGUAGAUGACGCAUUUUUCUCUACCCCAGAGGAUAUAGCAGCUAGAGCAUUAAAGCCACAAGGUGGAGUUAACUUCAUCAGAACAUUCAAGAAACAAGCAGAAGAUCAAGCAGUUAACCUCCCACCAAACUUAGAUGAGCUUGUACAAAAUGCCACCUAUGUGCAGUCUCCGGACCACCUCGUAUGGCAGUACUUCUACAAUCUCAAAGGGUCAGCAGAAUAUCCUUUUCCAGGAGGAAUCUUCCAGUGGGCUCGCUACCGCAUAAAUGGCACUGGGCUAAAUGAAACAGAAAAAAUUUUUAGUGAGUCACUGAACAAGCAUGAAAAUACCCUUACCUUAGCAACUCUCAGGAUAUUCAGCAAUGGACUGGGGCAGCCUCAUUUCCACUUCAAUGCUAAUGAGAUGGGUUAUGUCAUUAGCGGCUGCGGACAGGCUGGAGUUAUUCUCUCAUCUGGAGUCACCGCCAGGUUCAACAUCGACAUUGGAGAUGUCAUAUUUUUCCCUGUUGGAACCCAGCAUUAUAUCAAGAGCGUAUGUGAUGAGGAUUUGGUGUUGAUUCUAGCCUACAGUACAGGGAACCAGCUGGAAACUCUUCGUAUGAAUGACUACUUCCAUGGAACAGCAGAUCAUAUCCUUGCUCAGCUUUUUUUCAAGGAACAGGCUGAGUUUAAGAAGUUCCCAAAGGCUGCCAAAAAAAUAGGCAAAUAA